CGUAUGUGUAUCAAAAGCUUAUUCUGCAUUUCAAUCUCGUCAAAGAAACGUCUCUUCAGAAUAUUUCGAUUUUAUUGUCUUCAUUUUUGGACUCGUCAACAAAUUCCUACAAAUUCAAUCAUGAAUCGCGGUUACUCGGGAAUGUCGAAUGAGAAGGACAAAGCCGUUGUCAAAAACGCUGACAUGGGCGAGGAAAUGCAGGAAGAAGCCAUCAAGUUAGCCAUGGAUAAGCUCGGUGACAAACAGAACAAACCCGUCGAGAAGGACGUCGCUGCUUACAUCAAGAAGGAGUUCGACAACAAGUACGACUCAACAUGGCAUUGCGUCGUCGGGCGAAACUUCGGCAGCUUUGUGACUCACGAGAAAGAUAAUUUCACCUACUUCUACAUCGGACAGACGGCGAUUCUUCUCUUCAAAUCUGGCUAGAUGUUUGACAUAAAAGAUUUAGAUCCUUAGACACUAGAAUGCUUUCGCAACUGCAACGGGAUGGAUUCAAGAGCGCAGAAAAUGCAUUGAAAAACCCGUCAAAUGACACAAAACAGCUGGGAGGUCUUUGUCGAAAAUUGGUGACCCGGGACACCACUUUUGUCCCAAGUUUCGGAGCUGACGAAAAAUGGCAUGUCCUUUUUUCCAGAUACUAGAGCCUAGGACGAAGCUGCUGCUCCGAUUCACCAACCUCGACAAAGACUGCUUUGUCAUGAGAGGUACUUGACAAUACAUUAUCUAUGUUCCCGAAUCCGUCGAGCGUCGUAAAAUCGAAAACUCCCAGAUCAAACCUAGAACGGUAGAAAUAAAUAAAUGAAUGUUGGCCGUGGUCGUUAUCGUCAUAAUCAUUCACUGCACGCUCAAGUUCUGACGUCCGUUUCAUAAAGAUUUACAACUAUUGUAACUUUGCUAUUAUGGCAAUUACCAUGGUAACAAGGCUCAGCAGCCAAUCAAAAUCAAGGUAACCAUGGUUGUUGCCAUCGUGGCAAAGUACAACGGUUGUAACUCUUUUUGUGAAACGGGCCCCAGGGCUGUAAUAUUCAACACAAAGGUCUGUAUAAUCAUCCGCUAAACAGCCGAUCCUGAUCAUUGUAUGUGCAUUUUGAUCAACCAGGAUCCAAUCAGUGUCUUUUUUUCGUAUUGCUAUCUUUCUCAAACUUUGAUUCUUCUGGGUAUUCACUAUAUGUUAAAUUAAAGUCAUGAUCUUUGAAGCUUCGACGCCCACACCAGCCCUCAUAACCGAACUUUUCCGGGAGAGAGAGGAGGGUGGGGGGUUCUCAAUCGUUGACAGCGAUAAACAUACCAUAAGCGGCCUGGUAAUUUGUUAUGAAAGUAGACGAGGUAAACGGUGGUCACCAUGCACAUAAUUUAUGAAACAUAUCUAUAGACAUACAAAUAAUGUUUAUAUCAAUCAAUUGCCAAAAUGUAUUACUCCACUUAUUAUUUGCAAAAACAAUUGUUGUUCAUAUAUCUUUACUUCGUUUGUUUUAGAUUGUUGUAUUACGUACACAGCAUAUUGGCUGAUAAAAACCGAAAUAAGUAUCAAUACUGGUUUUUUUAAUUCUAUUCUUUUAGAUUUAAUUGGACAAAUCAAUGGAAUAUAUAGCAUAAAAACCUGUAAAUUGUGAUUUGAAAUUAACUGAAUAUUCUUUAAGAAUAUCAGACUAAUCAUACUUUGACAAAAAAUUUAUCAAACUAUUAAUUUCAUUGGUUGAUUGAUUGGUUGAUUGA